AGUCCGUGAGUGUGAGGCUGUGAACUUCUGGCGGCAACGAGGAGCGGCGUCUCCGGCGACAGAUUGGCAGCAACAGCAGCUUCAGGAGGAGGAAAUCGCGAACAACCUCUGCCAUCCUAACCCGUUCGCGUGGAGAAUCCUCAUCCACCCAUUCGAGCGAUGCCGCACCUUGACAAUGAUGUCAAACUCGACUUCCAAGAUGUCCUCAUCCGACCGAAGCGGAGUGAGCUCAGCUCGAGGUCCGAGGUCAGUUUACAGAGAACGUUCAAGUUUCGGAACUCGAAACGAGAACUGAGCGGAGUCCCCGUGAUUGCUGCCAAUAUGGACACUGUGGGUACCUUUGAGAUGGCUUCGACCCUGGCGAAAAGCGAGCUCUUCACCGCGAUUCACAAGCACUACACUGUCGAUCAGUGGGAACAAUUCGCUCAGAAUCAACCGGAGACCUUGUCGAGAGUAGCGGUCUCUAGCGGCUCGAGCGAAGCGGAUUUUGAGAAACUUCAGAAAAUUCUCGCUGCCGUUCCCCAGCUCCAGAUAAUUUGUCUCGAUGUCGCCAACGGUUAUUCGGAUAAUUUCGCACUGUUCGUGCGCAGAGUACGGAACGUGUAUCCGAAUCACGUCAUUCUGGCAGGCAACGUAGUGACGGGUGAAAUCGUCGACGAACUAAUUCGGAGUGGCGCCGAUGUCGUCAAGGUCGGAAUCGGGCCCGGGUCCGUGUGCACCACGCGAAAAAAGACCGGAGUCGGAUACCCCCAGUUGAGCGCUGUCCUAGAGUGCGCGGAUGCUGCGCACGGAUUGGGAGGACACAUCAUAUCGGACGGAGGAUGCACUUGUCCUGGAGACGUGGCCAAAGCCUUCGGGGCCGGAGCUGAUUUCGUCAUGCUCGGUGGAAUGCUCGCUGGUCACGAGGAGAGCGGUGGAGAAACCAUCGAAGUGGAUGGGAAGAAGUACAAAACCUUCUACGGUAUGUCAUCGGCGACGGCAAUGGAGAAAUACCACGGCGGUGUCGCCGAGUAUCGUGCCUCGGAAGGAAAAACAAUUCAGAUGCCGUACCGGGGACCCGUUCAACAAACAAUCUCUGACGUGCUCGGUGGGUUGCGGAGCGCAUGCACAUACACUGGAUCCGCCAAAAUCAAGGAGUUGCCUCGACGGACAACAUUUAUCCGAGUCAGUCGACAGCUCAAUGAAAUCUUCAGUGGUAGAGAAGUUUGA